AACGACUUGUGCUGCUCGGUAUUGAUCCUGUUGAGUUACACCACGAGUCUCAUGCUGGACACAGCCAUCCCAGCAGUGGUCAGUGACUGCCCACUUCAUCCCCUCCCCUCUAGGUCUGACUACUGUGACGUGCAUGACCAGCCCCCACCACUAAAAGCAAGCCUCAUCUGGAGUGGAUGUACUGUAGCUUCACGAUGCCUUGUGGCCCAGUCUCCUGGCUCGCCAUCAAGUGACAUAAUAAUUUGGAUUGUCUAUAAAUUGGUGGCUCUAACACUGGUACUCUGUUGCGAGUAGCCCGGUCGCAGCCAGUAGAUUAGGACCACUUCAGCGGGGCUCUCUCAUUACAUACAGGGACAUAUCACAGGAUGAGCGUGACCUUGAACUUGUUUGUGGUGACAGUAGCAUGCUGUGUGUUGGCACUGUGCAUGGGUUUUCCCCGCGCUGCCCGCCAGAGCUUCUUCCGCUGCAGCGGGUGGGGCGCGGGAUGCACCAACAUGGACUACAGCCAGACAGCUGACGAGGACACCAGCGACGCAAGUGACAAUGGGGAGAAAGAGGAGGGCGGACAGAAGCUGAGCUACAGCAUGCCCUACCUCUUUACAUCAGGUCGGUCCUGGGGUGCUAUAGGUAAACGCUGGGGUCCAGCCAGCUGGCACUCGGACCCCUAUCUGAGGCGCAUCCUCCUUCCCUACAUGCUGUCUGCCAACAACAAUGUGUGGGUGCGACACUACUUCCCUGACGAGUACCUUGCCUUCAAACAACAGUUUGGAAGGUCAGCCAGUGUCCGGGCCAGCAAACAGAAGCGGGAUGCAGGGACACAGUAGCCAUAGCAACAAGUGACACACAAUGCUCACUGUGGAGACAGUCACAUGAGACUCCCUGCCGUCCUUCAACGUUGACCUAUAUAUAGUAUCACCAUGUCUCACCCCACACACCUGGAUCAAGGCCCCUGUCUGGACAAUCGGUCAGCAGUUAGUAAUAUACAGAUAUAGCAGCUCUUGCUGUUCACAACAUGACAAAAUUAAGCCAUGCGAACAUGGAGGAAUCAUUAAUUCACUAAAACUUUAUUGCGAUAAAAUUGGAAGAAGCUUUCUCCCCCAAAUCACAUUGCAAACUAUGUAAAAUAAACUUUAAAAAGCAGUUUGUAUUUGACAAGCUUCCAACCUGUACACCACUGUAUAAUGUGAACCCAGAUACUUGAUCAUAAGGAUAUAAUUCUGAAUCUGUGUACCCUUAUUUCAUACUGCUAAGAAAACCUGCUCAUGUAAAACAGAUAAUGUUCUGUGUACACCUUGAUAGCAGCCUGUAAGUUAAUCACCAUAUCACAUCACUGAUCCACUGACUGACUGAACCUGGUUCUGUGUAGUGGUGACUGUCACCCACAUCUAUCCCCCUGAGGAGGCAAUCACAGGUACCACCUACAGGUUCUACUGGCACCGUGGACAGUUACAACCCAACAGUCCAUGUGUGUGAGCACAUACGCUACAGCCCCUCGAUGUGUCUCCUGCCUUACACUGUCACAUCUCUGUAUAUCCAGUCCAUUUGUCUGUCUACCUGCUUCUCAAUGUAACACAUAUGACCACUGUAUCUGUAAACUCACAUCGGACAAUAAAUAAUCUGUAUGA